AUGGAUCAACACGGCGAUUAUGAAGCGCAGAACCUUUCUGAAGGAUUGACGCACAAAACCUCUCGGUCCUCGGCCUCCAUUGAAAAACAAGCUGCAAAGGAUACGGGAUCCGUUCCUGUGGGGAUUGAAGAGGACGAUACGAAAGUUUCCCGCAGUACUCUUCUCUAUCAAAGAUAUCGACCUUUUAUUUUGGCGGCGUUGGCGGCGGUCAUCAUCGGAUGGUGGAUCAGUUCAACAAUCUUAAAGGCAACAAGACAUCGGUGGAUCGUACAGACCCUCUUUGCUUGGUUUUUCGUCCUGGUUAUUGCUUUCCGUUUUAUCCCGAAUUCCGUCGUAGCUCAGCCUGUGGGUGCUGUUUGGGAAGCCUGUGUUCAAGAACCGUUCUAUAAGCUACCUCAUUAUACUCGUUUGGCAAUAGGAUGGCUGUGCUUGCUUGGCAUCGUGUUUGGUUCGGCUUUUGGAUUUCCUUUGGAGGAGGCAAAAAACACCAAUUACGGUGAUCGUGCAAUCUCUGUCCUUGGAUUAUUUGUAUUUCAAUGCUGUUUUUGGCUUUCGUCAAAGUUCAGAAGUCAAAUUCCCUGGCCCACUGUGAUUGUUGGUCUCUUUCUUCAGCAGGUGGUCGCAUUGUUUGUCCUCAAAACUGGCGCUGGGUUCUCCAUCUUCACAUGGAUUGCCACAUUGGCCUCUGAUUUCCUGGCUCAAUCUAAAGCAGGAGCAUCGUUCUUUUUCGAUGCAGACACGAUUGCCAAAAACUGGUUCUUUGUGAACACCCUUGCUGCCAUCAUUUUCUUCAUCGCGUUCGUCCAGAUGUUAUACUACCUGGGGGUGAUGCAAUGGCUACUCGGGAAAUUUGCCUGGUUCUUCUUCAAACUUCUGAACGUUUCUGGUGCAGAGGCCGUCGUUGCUGCAGCUUCGCCAUGGAUUGGCCAAGGAGAAUCAGCAUGUCUAGUUCGUCCUUAUGUCGAUUGUAUGCAAGUCUUCCUCACAUCCGGGUUUUCUUGUAUAUCUGGUAGCGUCAUGGCAGCAUACAUCAACCUGGGAGUUCCUGCAGAAAAUAUUGUGACCAGCUCCGUCAUGAGCAUUCCCGCGUCGAUCGCCAUAAGUAAACUUCGCAUCCCUGAAACCGACGAACCAGUCACUCGUGGACAUGUCAUUGUUGACCGCGGCGCCGCUGAAAAGUAUCCCCCAGCCAACGCGUUACAUGCGUUCAGUAAGGGUGCUGUAUUCGGUCUAGUGGUCGCUGGUCAAAUUCUUACGAAUGUUUUAACCGUCCUAUCAUUAGUCGCUGCCAUCAACGGUCUACUCACUUGGAUAGGUCGUGGCUUCGGGAUUCAUGCGUUGACGUUGCAACUUGUCCUUGGAUAUGUGUUCUAUCCAGUGGCUUUCUUCCUUGGCGUUCCCCGUGCGGAGAUCCUUCGAGUAUCCCAAAUCCUCGCUACGAAACUGAUUGAGAACGAAUUCGCUGCCUAUACUGAACUCGUCGCUCUUCAAAAAACCUCGGAAGCACUUUCACAGCGUGGUUUCACCAUCGCUACCUAUGCACUUUGUGGCUUUGCCAACUUAGGUUCCCUGGGCAUUCAGAUCGGAGUAUUAAGUGCCAUGGCUCCUUCGAGAGCUAAGGUCAUCUCCCGAGUCGCACUGUCGGCUAUGAUAUGUGGGUUCAUAUCCACCUUGCAAACUGCAGGCAUUGCGUGA